AUGGCAGAUGCAUCCAUGAUGGAAGCCUUGGCUACGAGCAACGAUUGGAGGAUCCGUUACGAGAACUUCCUCCGCCUGCGGGAGUUGGGGCCGAAGGUCAUUGCGGAGCAAGCAGAAGCCCUUGAAGGAUUCUCUCGGAGCCGUUAUCCUUGGAUGAGAAAGCUGGCGUUGGAGGCAAUGGCAGUGAUGGACCCUCAGGACCUUGCAAUGCAUUCAAACGUUGUCGCGGAGAGGCUUAGGGAUACUGAUGAUGAUGUGUGCUACGAGGCCAUCAGAACAAUGAAGCGAUUGCAGCCAGAGAUCCUCGAGAAGCAUGCAGCAAUCCUGAGUCGUCUGCUUGCGGAUGAGGACUGGAACGUGCGGCUUGCUGCCCUGAGUGCACUUGCCAGGUUAGAGCCAUUGAAGCUGAGUCACUAUGCAGAGGCCAUCCAGGAUCGAUGUGGAGAUGAGGUUCACCAGGUGUCAGAGCUUGCGCAGAAAGUUUGGGCCAGGCUUUUGGAAGAGUUGCCCCGCCUUGUUGUGACCUGCAGAAGAGAGCAGGGCUGUUGUGACGGACUGCGAGUCAGUUGUGUGAGCAUGGCAGGAAAUGAACUGAUGUCCCUGCUGACCACUCCAGAGUCCACAUGCGAUGAGCUUCGACAGAAGGCUGCAGAAGUGUUGAAAGUGCCCAAACUCCAGCUGAAACUCUUGACGCCUGGAUAUUCUGGAUCUCGCCCGCAAGAACUUGUUGGCAGCCCUCGCCUAGCAGACUUGCUAUGA